AUGCCCCACGCUGUGUCGAUGGCCUCGACCGGGCUUCAAGCCCUCAUUCUAUGCGGCCCAGGGUCCUCGUUUCCAACCUUCACCUCAAACCCAGAUGAGCAUCCCAAAGCGCUGCUUCCGAUUGCCAAUCGGCCCAUGGUCUGGUAUCCCAUCGAUUUCUGCUACCGAAUGGGUGUUACAGAUAUCACAUUGGUUUGCCCACCAUCAGCUUCGCAAGCCAUCAACACCGCAGUCAACACAAACCCUUAUCUGACUGCUCUACCGUUGCCGCGGCCUGACGUGCUCGCACCGGCUGAUCUGGACUACAACACCGGAACAGCUGAGAUUCUACGUCUGCCGGAAGUCAGAAACCUGGUCAAGUCCGACUUCAUCGUCCUACCCUGCGACUUGGUCUGUGAAGUUGGCGGCGAAAAGCUUCUCCAGGCAUGGAUGGUCAAGUCAGCCAGUCUGACCGAUCUCUUAAGCAGCUUGAAACUGAGCAAUGGGAAGAACAUCCCCAGCAGCGGAGGUCUCGGCGUCUGGUAUGAUACCAAAGCGAUCGUCCCCAUCAAGAAGGAGGAAACAGACUUCAUCGCCACGGCGCCUAUAGCCCCCACGCCUACCCCGACCCCCAAGGACUCUCUCAUUCCCAAGUUGAGAAACCUUGUCUAUUCUAUUCCCACAGACUCAUUGAAGGAUCUGACGGAGGAGAGAAAGGGCGUCCCCAUCCGCCAUGGUUUGGUGAAGGCUCACCCUCGUGUCCGCAUGCUCACCACCCACCGAGAUGCCCACAUAUACAUCUUCCCCAAGUGGAUCAUAGACUUUGUCAAAGAAAACGAGCGAUUCGAUAGCAUUGGAGAGGACGUGGUGGGAUGGUGGGCCAAGGCUGGCUGGCAGAAGGGCCUCGCGGAAAAGCUACACGUCCUCGAUGUUUGUGAACAGAAGCACACCAAGGAUGACGAUGCCAACCCAGACUCGCCCACCAGUGGCCACUCCCACCAGGAACCUAGCGUACCUGGUGGCUCUUCAGUAUACCAGAGCUCGCUCCUGACGGCUGCUUACUUGGGUCAGGACUUGAGACGGGAGUCUGACUCUCCCAAGAGCGCUCACGCGAAGCAAGUACCGCCGAUUCUGGCCUACGUUCAUUCCGGCGAAGCCCAAGCACCAGGGUCCCUGAUCAGACGUGUUGACACCGCUCAACUUCUCCUUGCGCUCUCUCUGCAGCUUGCCAAGAUUCCCUCGCUCGAAGAGAGUGGACCAGAGGCAUCGUCCCCAUAUGCUCACAGCAAGAAGAUUGCGUACCCUGAGGGCGUCAAGUCUCGCACCACGAUUACGAAGCAAGACUGCUUGAUCGACAACAACGUCACCAUUGAGGAGAAGACAUCAAUCAAGGAGUGCGUGAUUGGCGCUAACUGCCAGAUCAACGAGGGGGCAAAGCUCUCCCAAUGUCUUCUCAUGGAUGGAGUCGUAGUUGGAAAGGGCUGCAAGCUGACAAAGUGCAUCUUGGGGAAGAGAUGCGUCAUUGGGGCCGGCUCCGUACUAACUGAUGUUGAGGUCCAGGAGAACCUCUUAGUAGAACCUAGAACGGAGGACAAGGACAACAAACUGAUGAGCUCGGAGGGUCUAGAAGCUACGGAGGCAGAGAUGGAGGAGGUUCUCCAGGAGCAAGAGCUCUCCACGGAAGAUGCCGUGGAAGACUAA